CCCUGUCAGUCGCCAGCUGGCAACUCUGGAGUUACCAUGAGUCGAUCCUGCCUUCUCUGCUGUGACGCACACUGCCUCGAUUUAAAAGAGAUUUAAAAGAGGUAAACUGCAGCAGUGGAGUGGGGACUUGCAACUCAACACAUAAGCGGGCAAGACGUCAGAGUGAAACUGAUCCUGGUAUACAGUGGUAGUCACUUCACUCCCUCCCCCUCCCCCAAUCUGUCUUAAUAACACAUCGUUAUUACAACACCAGCACAGCAGGAGAAAUCUCAGCUGUGGGCAGUGACUGUCCUGGUCGUCUGUGUGUCUUCUACGUUCAUCUGCCACACCAUCAGCAUGCGCGCCCUGGUGCUGCUGGCGGCGGCCACCGCCUGUAUGGCGAUGCCCGGACCCCAGACCUUUUCGCUGAGCCUCCCCGCUUCGAGGGCGACACACCAGACUACGCUCGGGGACAAGAUUCAUGAGCUUGGCCUGGAUGUGUCGAUGGAGCUGCAGAAACCCGGCAAUGUGGUUAUAUCGCCCCUCAGUAUUAGCGCCCUCCUCUCUGUCCUCAUGAUGGGAUCUGCGGGCCGCACUCGCCAGGAGCUUCUCCGUGGUCUCCACUUCGAUGACGCUCACUCCGAGAACGACGUCCACCUCAGUUUUCAAAGGCUGAUGGAAGACAUCUCUAGUGACGGACCCGAUGUUACUCUCAACGUAGCCAACGGUCUCUUCCUGCAGAGAGGUGCGGGUGUCUUAUACAAUUUCACCCAAAAGGCUCGCACCCAUUACAACAGUGUAGUCAGCACGCUUGACUUCCACAACUCUUCUGUGAAGUCCACGGAAACCAUCAACAACUGGAUUAAGGAAUCCACAAGUGGUAUGAUCCCCAACCUCUUCAAACAACCACUUGAUCCCCCUACCACCUUUGUUGCUGUAAACACUGUCUUCUUCAACGGCAAAUGGCUCACGCCUUUCGAUCCGAUGAUGACCAAGGACAGGGAGUUCGAUACUGGAGCAGGAAAAGUUCAGGUGCCCAUAAUGAGCAACACAUUCAUCGUGAACUACAUCGACAUCCCUGAACUGGAGGCCCACAUGGCUGCCUUCCCUUACAAAGGCAACCGGCAAGCCAUGUACGUCAUUCUGCCAACAGGUCAACCUACAGCCAAUCUCGAGCCACUGGAGCUGGAGCUGUCCGCUGAGAAAAUUAACUCACUCAUUGGCAAGAUGACACCACUGGAGAUGAGGGUGUGGCUGCCUCGAAUGCGCCUUUCCUUUAAGUCAAGCUUGCGAGACACGCUCAAGAAACUGCACAUGGCAUCCAUGUUCAAUCCCGCUGCAGCGAACUUCUCCCGUCUAACGACGCUGCCUGUGUGGGUGGACGAUGUAUUGCACGAGACUGUCAUCGAAGUCUCCGAGGAGGGCACUAAGGCCGCUGCUGCUACUGGCUCAGACUUUAACCGCAUGGGUACCUCUAGGACUUUUAUUAUCAAUCGGCCAGCAAUCAUCUUCAUCCGUGACGAAGUGUCCGGCGUGCCUCUUUUCUGGGGGAGACUAGUGCGGCCUGAGCCCCUCAGGACGUAAUGUCGACAUCGACAGUACUGCCAUGGUGAAUAACAUGCUUUGUUGCAAGAUGUGUGAAGAGCACACACCGAUGGCUCCUAUGUGGGAUCCAUGCACGGGAUAAAUGUGUGGUCUGGAGGUGAUUGUGUGUCCUUGUCUGGUCAUUCUGCAUGCAUGUUUCUACUCCUUUGUAUGUAUGCCAAUACUUCUGUCACUGUCUUUCUGUGUGUACGCAGUGUGUAUGAAUAUCAGUCUUGUCGGUAUGUUCACCUCUCGAGGUUUUAUAGUUUUAUUGAUUAACUGUAAUAAAACAGAAUAUUUAUUAAAACAAUUACCAGAGA